AAAUCCGGACGGUUCUUCCUUUGGUCCUCGAGUUUCUUCUCCUCCCACACUGCCAGAGCUUCACUGCUGCUUCUCUGUUCUUCUCCACAAUGGCUCCGAGAAUCCUCCUAUGCGGCGACGUCAUGGGCCGCGUCAACCAGCUCUUCAAGCGUGUCUCAUCUGUCAAUAAAUCGGCUGGUCCGUUCGAUGCGCUUUUCUGCGUUGGUCAAUUCUUCCCGGAGUCUCCGGACCAACUGGACGAGUUCAUGGACUACAUUGAGGGUCGAACGCAGGUUCCUCUUCCGACUUACUUCAUCGGCGACUAUGGCGUCGGUGCCCCUAAAGUUUUAUUAGCAGCUUCUAAGGACCCUUCGAACCGUGGCUUCAAAAUGGACGGCUUGAGGGUUUGCGAUAAUUUGUAUUGGUUGAAAGGCAGUGGCAAAUUCACCAUCUUGGGGUUAUCUGUGGUCUAUUUAUCGGGAAGACAAUCAUUAGAUGUUCAACAAUUUGGCGUUUACAGUCAAGAUGAUGUUGAUGCUUUGAGAGCAAUAGCUGAGGAACCUGGAAUAGUCGACUUGUUCUUGACUAAUGAAUGGCCCAGUGGGGUUACAAAUAGAGCAAAUGUUUCAGACAUUCCUGCUGGACUAUCAGAUUCCAUGGGGAGUGAUUCAAUCAUAGCAGAGUUGGUGGGAGAGAUUAAACCACGUUAUCACAUUGCAGGCAGUAAAGGUAUAUACUAUGCCCGUGAGCCUUAUUCUAAUAUUGAAGCAGUGCAUGUGACUCGUUUCAUAGGGCUUGCUACUGUUGGAAAUAAAGAUAAGCAGAAAUUUAUUCAUGCAAUUUCUCCCACGCCUGCAUCCACCAUGUCCUCAACUGAGAUUGCCGUGAAGACCACUAAUACCACUGAGUCGCCAUAUGCAUUUGUGGAGAAAAGAGCUUCUCCAAAGGACACUGCAAAGAGAUCCAGUGAUAGUGUCUCUGAUUCUCAGUAUUGGAGAUAUGAUGUUUCUCAAAAGCGACAGAAACAUGGAGCUGGAGAUGGUGAUAAAUUGUGUUUUAAAUUUUUGUCUUCUGGUUCUUGUCCAAGGGGAGAAAAGUGCAAUUUUCGACAUGAUUUAGAUGCAAGGGAACAGUAUAUUAGAGGUGUUUGUUUUGAUUUUUUGAACAAGGGGAAAUGUGAAAGGGGUCCAGAUUGCAACUUUAAGCACAGCAUGCAGGAUGAGGGGGACAGCUAUGCUGAAAAGAGGCCAAGAUCUCAAAAUUCUAGCUCUAACAGAUCAAACGAGUGCUGGUUUUGCUUGUCAAGCCCCAAUGUGGAGUCACAUUUGAUCGCUAGCAUUGGAGAAAAUUACUACUGUGCAUUGCCUAAAGGUCCACUUGUUGAAGACCAUGUGCUGCUAAUACCAGUUGAGCAUUUGUCAAGUACAUUAUCACUGUCAACGGAAUCUGAACUUGAGCUUAGUAAAUUCCAGAACAGUCUAAGGAUGUAUCACAAGAAUCAAGGAAAGCAAGUAAUCUUUUUUGAGUGGGUUUCAAAGCGUAGUAGUCAUGCAAAUCUUCAGGUCGUUCCUAUUCCAACUUCCAAAACAACACUGGUUGAAAAAAUAUUCAAUUUAGGAGCAGAAAAGCUGGGAUUUAAAUUUGUAUCUAAAAAGUUUGAUAGCGAUUCUGAUGGAAGAAAAUUUUUGAGGACACAAUUUGAUGGGAAUUCAAGUUUGUUCUAUGUUGAACUACCAGGAAGCACAAUAUUGUUGCAUCGGGUUGAAGAAAAUGAGAAAUUUCCUGCCCAAUUUGGUCGUGAGGUUGUAGCAGGCUUGCUCAAUAUAGCGGAUAAGGCAGAUUGGAGGAAUUGCAAAUAUAGUAAGGAGGAAGAAACAAAAAUGGUUGAAGAUUUUAAGAGUCGAUUUCAAGAAUUUGAUCCAAACUGUUGAUUAUUCAUUCAACGAAUUCUCCAUAUACAGCCGCCACUUCAUGCUCAUUGAGGUUCCAAGUCUUGGUGACUUCAUGAUCACAUUGGACCUCGAUUGCUUAUUUUGUAUUACCAGUCCUGUGGUGAUCUUCACUUUCAUUAGACUGACUGCUUGUAACUUGCUCGGCUCAACCAGGGGUGAAGUUCGAUGUGCAACCUUCUGCACACUGUUUAUACUGUCAUUCUUGCUGUUUUAAGUAUUAAGUUAGAAGGUACUGGCCCAUGGUGCCGAAGUUCAUAUCAUAGCAUUCUCCCUGCGUAUAGUGGGUAAUGAGCAGCGUCACAGUCUUGGAACUUUCGCCACGAUCUUUUAACCACAGCUGAGUAGCUGCUUAUCGAGCAUAGACACAACCGUCAUGUUCAAUUGCUCUAUGCACGAAGUUGAGAACGGUUUGUUGUUGGGAAAGAUUGGGGGCUAAGUUUUUGAAGGUGGUUGUCUCCCCAGUCGAAUAUGCAACUUCUUAUGGAUCUUAAAACAUUUACACUUGCAGUGAACUAGAAUUUGUGUUUGUAAUUGGCAAGUUACCAGUAGAGAAUUUUAUGACUUCAUAGUCUUGUGGUGCUCCAAUUUCAAUGUUGUUUUGGCCAUUAUUGUCUAAAAUGUAGUCUUAACUGUUGUUGUGACCUUUACUUGGGAGUUAAUAUUAGGACAUUAGCUUAUAUUUUAGCUUGUACUUCAAUUCACUAAAGUGCAGCAAGAAUUUUAGAACAUGAAGUUCAUUAAGAUUUCAAGAUU